CGUUGUGCCAUAUUGACUGGUCAUCCAUGCAGCUCAGUUCACGCAACUUUACCUCCUCAGUCUGCCUGACCAUCACAAGGGCAUGAGAAUGUGGCUGGAGCAGGAGACUCUCCGUCCAGUCAACGCCUUCCGUCCUAGUCGUGGCUGUGUGAUAACUGCCAACACAGCCACAAUUCAUUCACGCCUUUCCAAUCUAACACUAGGUGAGUGGCCUGAAUCAGCGAUGCCUAAUUUCCAUCUUUCCACAGCGUGGAAGUUAUAAAGCCUUUGUCUCUUUGAGGUGGCAACCUGCGGACUGCCUCGAGCUGCGCAGAAGCUUCGUCUGAAGUAGUCGCAAACGAUAUUACUUGGCAAUAUGUCGAACCAAGGCUACUACAAUGAUCAACGUCCCAGCGACUAUGGCUACGGAGGGAACAGUGGAGAAGAUAAUCAGCAGCAGCAAUGGCAACAGCAAUCUGGACCACCGCCGGGUUACGACAACCAGUCUUACGAUCAAAGCUACGAGCAAACCAGGCCAUAUGAUCACAAUCGCCCACUGACCCAAGACUACCGGCAGGGCUAUGAGCAUUCCCCCCAACCUUCAUAUCAGCAGCCAUACAAUCAAUAUCCAGACCAAUAUAGCUCCCCUCCGCCCCCGCCUGAUCAGCAGCAUCAGCCUUACCCUCCGCAGACCCAAGGCUAUGGCUAUGACUACGAUCAAGGUCCGACCCAGCGAGGGCACUCACCAUACCCACCUCAGCCCGGCCAUCAAUCUCAGUAUGAAGGCUACACUGCUCCUCCAGGCCCUCCACCUUCCCAUACUGCUCCUUACCCUCCACAGCCCGCCCCGGGAGUCCCCUUGGAUCCGAAUGAGCCCAACUCUCAAGAUCGCGGCCUGAUGGGUGCCCUCGCUGGCGGCGCUCUCGGGGGUUACGGCGGCCACAAAGUUAAUCAUGGCUUCUUAGGCGCUAUCGGUGGCGCGAUCACCGGCUCCAUGGCCGAGGAUGCCUACAAGAAGCACAAGAAAGAAAAGAAGAAACUGCAACGUCCACCUGGUCUUCGUCGCAACUCGUCAUCCUCGUCGUCCUCAUCAAGCAGCAGUUCCUCGGACGAUGAGAAGAAAAAGAAGAAGAAGCAUGGCUGGGCAGGACCCGCCGCGGCCGCGGGUGCCGGUGCUUACGGAAUGCAUCAGUACCAACAACACCAGCAACAACCACAUCCACAACCACAACCACCACGAGGGCCGGCGCCCAUGCGCGGCAAUUUCUCCGCUUCUGCCAACAGCAUCACCCUUGACCGGGACUAUGACCUGAUCGCCUCGUGCGCCAAUGUCCACGGUCAGCACCAGUUGUCAUCUCUGUCGCUGAAUAACUGUCUGUCCAACCAGCAUGGACACUUUGCUUGGGUUCGAGGUGGCAAUUUCGGUGCCAGUGCAAGGAAUGUGAGACUCGUCGAGAAUGGCAGGGUGCUGGAAGCCGAACUUGGGACCGGUGGUGGUGGCUGGAACAGAGACCACAUCAGACUGGAUGAGCGCAUCAGCAACAAUGACGGCGAAUUGAUCUUCUUGGAUCACUGAGCCUGAUAGUAUCAUCAGGGUACUCCUUCCUGCAGUCAGACGCUGAGAUGGACUUACCAUUAAUCAGGGAUCACGGAUUAAUGGUGCUAGUAACAUCCAUGGAUGGUAUUCGUAGUUCUCGGCUCCUACCACUAGGAGGUCAUCGCUUAUACUCUUGAACACUUGUCAAUGGCAAGCUGCUUGAGCCAAUGGUGUGCGCCGGGCAGCAAACCCUCGGUAAGGUGGCGCCAGUGCUUCACAGACCCAAGCCAAGAAGAUAUCACGUCCGAUCAUCCAUACAGGUAUGCAGACGGCUGCAGGGGGGUACUAGUAUCACUCUUAAUGCACUACUCCGCAGGUACAAUGCGAAUGAGAGUCCACCACGUACCAGGUGUCCUGCGGGGGGGUUCAGUUCAUGCAAGUGAUUCCAUUAAGCUCAAUCCUAUGAACGUCAACGGCCGCAGAAGUACAAAGAAACUAUGGAGUCCGCUUUGACCGCAGCAAUGAAAGGAAGUAAAGGAAAUGUACAGUACCCCGGUGCCCGUGUGCCUCGUUUCCAAAAUAUAUG